GAGCCCGUCUCUUCGGCAGCGAGACAGAGCAGCUUGGAGAGACUGCAGCACAUCCUCAGCUGCUGCUAGCCCACCUGACAGCACCGCGGAGCGGAUAGGCAGCACCGUGCCAGCCAGCCUCCCGGUUCACAUCGCAAUACACACCGCGUUCUUGGAGGGGAAUGGGGGGGGCACCUAGCCCGCUACAGCUGACUGCCUAGAUCUCUAUAGAAGCGGGUGAAAGCUCACAACCAGGCGGUCCAGGAAGAUGGUCUCCUGGAUGAUCUCGCGGAUAGUCGUCCUUUCCUUCGGGACGCUCUACCCAGCAUACUCCUCAUACAAGGCUGUCAAAACGAAGAACGUGAAGGAAUAUGUGAAAUGGAUGAUGUACUGGAUAGUGUUUGCGUUGUUCACUACAGCAGAGACCGCCACAGACCUGCUCCUAUCAUGGUUUCCAUUUUACUUUGAGCUAAAGAUUGCCUUUGUGAUCUGGCUCCUGUCCCCAUACACCAAGGGCUCCAGUGUCCUCUACCGCAAGUUUGUCCACCCAACGCUGUCCAACAAAGAGAAGGAGAUAGAUGAGUACAUAGCGCAGGCCAAAGACAGGAGCUAUGAGACCAUGAUGAAGUUCGGGAAGAGGGGUCUCAACCUGGCUGCUACUGCUGCUGUCACCGCAGCCUCCAAGGGGCAGGGCGUGCUCUCGGACAAGCUGCGGAGUUUCAGCAUGCAGGACCUGACUCUCAUCAACGCUGAGGACGAGCUGGGUCUGCACGCUGCAGACGCCCGCAUGAGACGGGACCCCAAGGACGAGUUGAGCUCAGGGUCUAGCACGCUGCCCCGGGCCAAGAGCACCGCUGCACGGCAAACCCGCUCUUCGGCGGCGGCGGCGGCCACGUCCCUUGUUGACGACGCGUUAUCCCAACACGGCUCUGACCAAUCAGACACAAGGACUGAACACUCUGAUGAAGAUGCAGGAGACAAAGCCCCCAAACGUAGUACCACCGUCAAGGCCACCAAGAAACCUGCUGCUGCGAAGACCGAGACACAAACAAAGACGGUGAAGAAGCCGACCAAGAAAAAGGCCACGACUAUUAACGCAGAGACGCCAAUAUGAGGCCUGCUGUCCACAUCCACCGGCCUACACUCUCCCCACACACAUCCUGCAGGCCCUUCCUCCUCUGUAUGGUUUCCUCACAAAUGCGGACACACUGUGUCUAAGCACUGAAAUUGUGUCACUCUUGCUGUUUUUUUUUAUUAUUAUUUUUUUUUUUAUUUUAGAGCAAAGUGCAGGUUUUAGUUUUUAGCAGUAUUUGGGCAACCUUACGUUGGGUUGCUUCUUUAACAGUUACUGGGUUGAUGCAUAUUUUCCCUCUUUACUUACUGUAGGUUCAUCCUAGAUCCAGCAGUCGGGGAGGCUCAUUUGUCCUUUAACCCCUAGACCUAUAGGUAGGAGACAUCGUAAGCUGGCCAUGUUGCAGGUUUCCAGUCUCAUUGAUUCACAUCCUGUUGCUGACAUUGGAACAGUCUCAAUUUAGGCUGUUGUUGGUUCAAUUAUCUCCAGUAAAAUAUUAAAUUUCCCACUCUUAGUUCUAGAUUCAAGCCCUUAGUGUCCUCCGGCCUACUCCUGCAUGAUUCCAAUCAACAAAUGUCGUCCUCUCGCUGUGUGCAAGCUACAAGUCUGGGUUUUCAUCCGGACCCGAUGGUAGCAAUCCUCAGAAGUCUUCUCCAGAGCACGGACAACAUCACCAAAACAGUUGUCUUUUAUUGUGCCUGAAGGUUGAAAGUUUCAAGCAUUGUCCAAUAGUUGUAGACAUCCUCAUUACUCUUUCCGACAUAAUUCCCACUUUUGACUUCAGCUCAUAAUAUCACCACCAUGUCCUAGCUCAUGCACCUGUGUAGUUUAACAGGAUGACUUGAGAUCAAACCUGUUAUUGAGUCUGGCUCUGCUAAGUUCAGGUCUCAUUUACAGUCAUUUUCUUCCCGACUAAUUUAAUUUGACUUUCACAUCAUUUUACAUUACUGUUGAUGGGAAUGGUUUGUUUAGUGUUGGCUGAGUUAUCCUUCAUCUAGACUUCACUCUCUUAUUUAUUACGCUUCUGUUUUAUCAAGGUCUUUUGGUCAUGUGAUUAGUAAUAAGUAUGAUUGUGCAUAGCCGGGUAAUUCUGUAACUCCCAAUAAAUACAGUAGUCAUAGAAGAGUUGCCGGUGUUUUUGAGGUAACAGAUCUGCCUUCACCAUGGUAGUGACGUCUGUAUAUUGUUUGUGUUCAACAUUAGAAGGUCAAGGAGACGCUUUGCACAUUCUCACUCCUGUGGUAACAGUCUGCCUCUUUGCCAUAUUUAAAAAUCUCAGAAGUCAGGAGAUAGCAAAGCAAUAUGGAACUAAUUAAACCAAAACCAACAUCAGGAGACGGAGGGAUUAUUUUCUGACCCCUGUGCUGUUAUUCCAGAUGUGGAGGAAGUGUCAGACGAGGCUCGGGGUGUUUCUAAAGACACGGGACUUUUGUUUUGGUAAUGGCUCUUUUGGUUGCCAUCCACUGCAUUGGGUGUAGUUUCUGCUGGGUCCUUUUAAUGAGCAAUUCAAAAGCAUGAUACUACUUCUGCACUCAUUACUGUUGUCUGUAGUGUGAUGCUAGUCUGAACCAGUAGAGGGAGACAAACUCCACCUCAACUCCUGGCAGAGUUGCUAAACAAAAUGUAAACGGUAACAGUGACUGUAUAUACAAUAUGAGCUUGCUUGCCUUAUUCAUUCUCUGGGCUUGAAUCCAUUGACUUAUUAAUCAUUUGUGUGCUUUAAAAAAAAAAAAAAAAAGCUCAGACGACAAAUGAUUUUUGUAUUUUUAACAUGUUUUAUUUUCUGCCUUUUCUCAUUAAUUUUAACUCGCCUCAAUCACAAAGUAAGGAACCUCUAGACUGAGUUUAAACUGAUGUUUGUGUAUUCAAAUCUUGCUAUAUGCUCUACUCAGACAGGAUACCAAGUAUUUUUGGGCCAAAAGCUAAAAAUGGCCUCUUUUUGUUUUCAUCUUAAGUUAACAUUUGCUUCGAAUAAAAAGAAGACCGUAUGUAAAGGAAAAGUAUAUAUUUUUUUUUCUUUCAUCGAGAUACAGGCCUGCAUUUUAUUCUUGUGUUCAUGCCAAUUUUUCAUAUUUAUUGUUUAUUUUUUUUCUCUGUUUUGAAAUCAGUAUUGUUUACAGGAUUGUUCAUUUGUAUAUUGUUUGUGCCAAUUCUCAAAGCUCCUUGUCAAAAAGCAUUACAGUGUGUGUGCUGGGACAAUGGUAUCCAACAAGGUCAUGUGUCUUUCAAAACUACUAAUAAAGGAAAUUCAAUCACA